GGUAGAUUCUAGUGCUGCCUGCAGGACGGCAAACAGUCAGUUUAAGAUGGCGUCUCCGUCAGCACAACAACCGGAGCCGAACCUGUGCGAGUCCCCGGUCCCGGCGUCCAUGUUCUCCCCGGAGCCUGAAGCCGAGGACUCAGACUGCAGCCUGGACGGGGAGCCCAUGCGGAAUGGGGAGGCAGAUCUAGAUCUGACUUCUAAACAUGUCUUGGUAAGUCCCAGUGCGGAGCAAUAUGACAGCCUCCUACAGCAGCUGCGGGAUAGGAUGGAUGAAGGCAGAGGGGAAACCAUAUAUGUCAUCGGGCAAGGAUCUGAUGGUACAGAAUAUGGACUUAAUGAGGCAGACAUGGAUGCAUCGGUUGCUACAGUAACCAGUAUGGCAGAGCAGAUUGGUGCUGACAUGAUCCAGCUGCGAGAGCACCAAGAGGCUGGAGGCAAAGUACAGGACUACCUGGUGCGCAAGAGGGUCGGUGAUAAUGACUUCCUGGAAGUCCGAGUUGCAGUUGUUGGCAAUGUGGACGCAGGGAAGAGCACGCUGCUAGGUGUCCUGACCCAUGGAGAGUUGGACAAUGGACGUGGCUUUGCUAGACAAAAACUCUUCCGUCAUAAGCAUGAGAUUGAAUCAGGUCGCACCAGUAGUGUAGGAAAUGACAUCCUUGGUUUUGACAGCCAUGGUCAAGUGGUUAAUAAGCCUGACAGCCACGGAGGAAGUUUGGAGUGGACCAAGAUCUGUGAGAAGUCAUCCAAGAUUAUCACUUUUAUUGACUUGGCUGGCCAUGAGAAAUACCUGAAGACCACAGUGUUUGGAAUGACCGGCCACCUGCCUGACUUCUGCAUGCUUAUGGUGGGCAGCAAUGCUGGUAUAGUGGGAAUGACCAAGGAACAUCUGGGCCUAGCAUUGGCACUAAAUGUUCCUGUCUUUGUUGUUGUAACAAAAAUAGAUAUGUGUCCAGCGAAUAUACUGCAAGAAACACUAAAGCUGUUGCAGAGGCUGCUGAAAUCUCCAGGUUGUAGGAAAAUCCCAGUAUUGGUACAGAAUAAAGAUGACGUGAUUGUCACUGCUUCCAACUUUAGUUCUGAGAGGAUGUGUCCGAUCUUCCAGAUCUCAAAUGUUACAGGGGAAAACCUGGAUCUUCUGAAGAUGUUUCUGAAUCUUCUUUCUCCUCGCAGCAGCUCACGAGAGGAGGAACCAGCUGAAUUUCAGAUUGACGAUACCUACUCUGUGCCGGGUGUGGGCACAGUUGUUUCUGGAACAACACUGAGAGGUCUAAUAAAGUUAAAUGACCUCCUGCUUCUGGGACCUGACCCACUUGGCAGCUUCACUUCCAUUGCAGUAAAGUCCAUUCACCGCAAACGAAUGCCAGUUAAGGAGGUUCGAGGUGGACAGACUGCAUCUUUUGCGUUGAAAAAGAUUAAACGCUCCUCUAUCAGAAAAGGAAUGGUAAUGGUUUCCCCACGUCUUAACCCACAAGCUUCAUGGGAGUUCGAAGCAGAGAUUCUUGUGUUGCACCAUCCUACUACAAUCAGCCCUCGUUACCAGGCCAUGGUUCAUUGUGGCAGUAUUAGACAAACUGCGACCAUCUUGAGCAUGAGUCGUGACUGUCUGCGUACUGGAGACAAAGCUACAGUUCACUUCCGUUUCAUCAAAACACCAGAGUAUUUGCACAUAGAUCAGAGGCUGGUGUUCAGAGAAGGCCGUACAAAAGCUGUGGGUACUAUAACAAAGUUGUUACAAAGCACAAACAAUCAGCCAAUGAACUCUAAACCACAGCAAGUCAAGAUGCAGUCUACCAAAAAGAGCCCGCUUGGGAAGAAAGAAGAGCAGAGCCCGGGAGCAGCCUUGGUGGAGGAGGCUUCUCCUACCGCUUCUGUUGCAGCAACACCAGGAGCUACUCCAGCGCAAGCACAGUCCAAAACAGGAGGUGGAGGAAGGCGACGUGGAGGCCAGAGGCAUAAAGUGAAAUCUCAAGGAGCAUGUGUGGCUCCUGCAGGGGGCUGCUGAACUUAAGCUCUCAAUUCCUGCAUCCUCUAAUGCCUCGUACCACCAGGUAGAGGAGUGGAAUCACACGCUCCCAGCCCUGCCUGUCUCCACUUCUUUGCCAUCUAUUAUCAUCGUGGCCAUCGAUCACCAUUUGUCUAGUUUUGCAUCCUACCUUGUUGAUGGAUGUGCUCACAAAGGAAACACCCACAGCAUGAAUUCCUCAAGGGUUGGUGCAGAACAUGAAGGAAUAAACAUGUACCCCAUUUUGGAGGGUUAUUGUAAGGGGUUUAUCUGUAUCUGUACCUAAUAGAGUAAUGAUGCACUCCUGUUUUCAAGCCAAACUGGAAAUGAUUGAUUUACCUAACGCUUUCUGGCAUUUAACACCUACAGAGGUUUGUUUUUAUUUUGAACACAUCCCCUUGUAAGUUUUUCUGCUCUCACAUAUCUGAAUGUUUUCUUUUAUGCUGAACCUCCAGAUGUGAUGUGGAAGAUUUGCAAUUUUGCUCUUUGGGAACACAAUGUUGGCCCUCAACAAUAUUCUACUCCCUUCAGUGCCCAUGGAGGUCCUUUCCUUGUGGUUCCUAAUAUUGAGUGAUGGCCCAGAUGAAUCAUGUAAAGUAAAUUUUAGGUUAAAAUUUCCAGUCUCCAAACAUUUCCAUUAUUUAAAACUGAUUUUACCAGGAUUUUUAUUUAAAUGAAAACAAAAUCUCUGAAUAAACAUGUAUGUAGACAUUUAAAAUGUUUAGGUUGGACUGUUAUACAUCUUUCAUUUGCUGUUUUAAUUACAUUUCAAUCUUA